AUGUGUGAUGCGGAAACGAGACGGGCUCAGGAAGCAGAGAGAAACAUUCAGCUGGCUCAGGAAGCUGCACGUGUGGCGGAAGCGGCCAAGCAGAAGGCGGUGAAGCGUGAGGGAGAGAAGGCUGCAUGCGCCAAGGAGCUAGAGGAUGAGUUGGCACGCAUGCGGCAUGAACAGGAGAUCCUAGCGGCGGAGUUGCUCGCUCUGAAGGACGGCUACAGUGAGGGGCUUCGCUGCCUUGCAAAAAAAGCACUCGGAGACAUUGAUCAGCUGCACGAUGUGUACACUGCGGGGGAGUAUCUCGCUGCACUGCGGGGCGACGAUGGAAGUCCCACACGUAUGGACGAUGGGAGCUUUUAUAACGAGAGCGCGGAGGAAGCCACCUGCCGUGGCAGCGGCAGCAGCGACCAUACGCUGAGCCCGCAACGACAACAGGCGCAGUCUCCGCAUGUACCUCCACCCGCUACCUCGCUACAGCAGCAUCCCGUGUCUUUGAAGCAAUUGAAAAAGAGGCAGCAGCAGCAGCGAAAGCCAAAGUCUCUAUAUCCCGCCUCGGGAAUCUCGAGUGUCCAGAAACACAGCCUUGCAACGAAGGCAGCGUCAAGCGCGGACGCGGCUGGAGGUGCGCUGGGCAUUGCCAUGUUGCUAAUUUCGUUUAUGCCCCGGCAGUUGGCUAUUGACGGGUGCUUCACCGUGGACGAGUCGCAGGCCCGCCUGCUGCGGAGCGGCCCGUCUGCAACACGGCGUGGGCGGGAGUGGGUGAUGCUGCACCAUGACACCAACGCCAUCUUCGCCGUGACAGCAGAGCUUCAGCCUGACAAAGAGCCACGCCGCAUGGAGCCGAGUAAAUCUCCGACACGAGCUGCGCCGCUACGGUGUGCCUCGUUUGAGUCUGCCCCGGCAGUUUGUCACGGCUGCUCACGACCGUCACGCGAGCGGCUUCCUCGCGCAGUGGCUGGGGCAAAGUCCGUUAAGCGCGCAGCACCAUCUACGGAGAAGUAG